UGAGAGGGCAGAGGUGCGCGAGGCGGAAGCGGCGCUCAGUCUCCGUCGGGCGGGGAGCGCGGCGCGGCGGGCCCCGCGGUGCCGGGCCCAUGAGCGUGUCGCUGGUCGUGAUCCGCCUGGAGCUGGCCGAGCUCUCCCCGCUGCCCGCCGGCUUCGCCUACAGCGCGGCCGCUCCGGAGAUGGCCGCGGAGAGCAGCGGGGCGAUCCCGGCCUGCUUGGAGGGGAAGGGCCCCGGCGAGAGGGCGGCCAUCCUGCACCAGCACCUGGGCCGCAGGGAGAUGACCGACAUCAUCAUCGAGACCAUCCAGCCGCGGGCAGAUGAAGCAAAAGCUGCCGUGGAAGCGAGAAAAUCUUUAGAGGCUGCGUCGUCUGAGGACAAAACUAAACAGGAUGAUCAGAACAAAGAGUGUGAGGCUGCUCCAGACUCGCCUUCAAAACAGCUCCCUGACCAGAUUUCCUUCUUCAGUGGGAAUCCAUCGGUUGAAAUCGUUCAUGGCAUUAUGCAUCUGUACAAAACAAACAAGAUGACCUCUCUAAAAGAAGACGUGAGGCGCAGUGCCAUGCUGUGUAUCCUCACAGUCCCUGCCACGAUGACCAGUCACGACCUGAUGAAGUUUGUGGCUUCCUUCUAUGAAGUUAUUGAGCACAUGAAAAUCAUCCGAGACUCCACUCCCAACCAGUACAUGGUGCUGAUAAAGUUUAGCUCCCAGGCUGAUGCAGAUAGCUUUUACAUGGCGUGCAAUGGUCGGCAGUUCAACUCCAUAGAGGAGGAUGUUUGCCAGCUCGUGUACGUGGAAAGGGCUGAAGUCUUCAAAUCAGAAGAUGGGGCCAGCCUGCCUGUGAUGGAUCUGACAGAGCUCCCAAAGUGCACGGUGUGCCUCGAGAGGAUGGAUGAGUCUGUGAACGGGAUUCUUACCACUCUGUGUAACCACAGCUUUCAUAGCCAGUGUCUGCAGCGGUGGGAGGACACCACGUGUCCUGUCUGCAGAUACUGCCAAACGCCAGAGCCAGUGGAAGAGAACAAAUGUUUUGAGUGUGGAGUUCAAGAAAACCUCUGGAUCUGUUUGAUAUGUGGGCACAUAGGCUGUGGCCGGUAUGUGAGUCGCCAUGCCUACAAGCACUUUGAGGAGACCCAGCACACCUAUGCAAUGCAGUUGACCAACCACAGAGUCUGGGAUUAUGCUGGAGAUAACUACGUCCACCGACUGGUUGCAAGUAAAACUGAUGGGAAGAUAGUUCAGUAUGAGUGCGAGGGAGAUAUGUGUCAGGAAGAGAAAAUUGAUGCCUUACAAUUAGAGUACUCAUAUUUGCUAACAAGCCAGCUGGAAUCACAGAGAAUCUAUUGGGAAAACAAGAUUGUCCGAAUAGAAAAGGAUACAGCUGAAGAGAUUAACAACAUGAAGACCAAAUUUAAAGAGACCAUUGAGAAGUGUGACAGUCUGGAACAGAGGCUGAAUGACUUGCUCAAAGAAAAGCAGUCUGUCGAAAGGAAGUGUUCUCAGCUGAAUAACAAAGUGGCUAAGCUUUCCAAUGAGCUGAAGGAGGAGCAGGAACUGAAUAAGUGUUUGCGAGCAAAUCAAGCCUUGCUUCAGAACAAGCUAAAGGAAGAGGAGAGAGUGUUAAAGGAAACCUGUGAGCAGAAGGACCUGCAAAUCUCAGAGAUCCAGGAGCAGUUGCGAGAUGUCAUGUUCUACCUAGAGACGCAACAGAAAAUCAAUCACCUCCCAGCUGAGACCCGGCAGGAGAUUCAGGAAGGACAGAUCAACAUUGCGGUGGCUUCUUCUGCCAGCUCCUCCACGGGGGGCACAGGCAAGCCUUCUUCCCGGAGAGGCCGUGGCAAGAGGGGUAAAUGAAGAUCAGAAUGCUGCUCCCAUGCUGAACCUGGCCAUGCUUGUGGUAGGCCAGGCCCAGCCCUCGGACUCCAGUUGGGAAUGCCUAGUUCAGUAAAGCUCAGCUAGAAAUUGUCUUCAGAGCUUCUCAUAAAACUGGCUGCCAGUCACUGGAGGUGUCUGUGGUAUUUAAAAGCAUUUCACUGCA